AUGUCUCUCUUUGUGACAUCAAAUGGUGAUGUUUAUAUUGAUGAUGGUGAGAAGAAUGGUCGAGUGCAGAAAUGGAUUGCAGAAACAAGUACCUUUGAUACAGUGAUGAAUGUCAACUCAUCAUGUGAUGGUUUGUUUGUCGACAUCAAUCAUAGUCUUUACUGUUCAAUGCCUGAUCAUCAUCAAGUAGUGAAAAGAUCAUUGCAUGAUGCUGUGAUGGCCUCAAAUCGUGUUGCUGCUGGAACAGGUAUUGGAGGAUCAGCCUUGAAUCAACUCAAUAGUCCUCGUGGAAUCUUUGUUGAUGCGAAUUUGGAUUUAUAUGUGGCAGAUUGCAACAAUAAUCGGGUUCAGUUAUUUCAGCCAGGAGAAUCAAAUGGUGUCACAGUAGCUGGACAAUAUUUAUUACUAAAUCCAACAUUUGAACUUCGUUGUCCAAGUGGAGUUAUAUUAGAUGCUGCGAAAUAUUUAUUCAUUGUGGAUAAUAACAAUCAUCGUAUUGUUCUUUCAGGCUUCAAUGGUUUUCUAUGUUUAGUUGGAUGUUAUGGAAAGAGUUCACAAUCCAAUCAGUUGAAUAAUCCGUAUAGUUUAAGUUUCGAUCGUUCUGGAAACAUAUUUGUCACUGAUUCAGGAAAUCAUGGAAUUCAAAAAUUUCAAUAUUUGGAAGAAUCAUGUAGUAAAGAAUUACAAAGAAAAAGUAUCAUAGAAGAUGAAGAAGAAAAUGAAACUCCUGAUGGAUUUCCUCCUGAAUUAUUGAAUAGUUAA